AACCCUCAUAACAUUCCAACCCUGGAAUGUCAACAUAUGCAUACUGAUUAUAUACCCUUAUUAUUUUUUUAUUUCAUUUCUUGCCCCGUAAACUACUAUUCAUUGACCUCUAUAUUACCUCCAUAAUGAAAGCCUUCCUUCUCGUGCUAGCAGCCGCCCUCGCCGUGGCCGAUAAAACAUGCACGCCUAGUUUCGAUUACUGCGCCGACACUCUGCUCGCAAAGAAGGGCUUUGUGGAAAGUGAUCUCCGUGCUGCAUUGCAAGGGACGGGCUUUGAGAAUGCGACUUUCGACGACGUCUUGUUCCAUUGUACGAAUCCUGGACAGAUAGGGCAUGCGAAGCUGUGUUCUUCGGGGUGUACGGAGAGUGCGACGGAAGGGAGUCAUGGAUGUUGACCAUAUUUACUGAAUUAGUUAUAGUGGCAAUGGC